AGCGGCAACUUCCGGAAGGGAUUGCUCUCGCGACGGGGAUGGAAGCGGAACUUUGGUGCUGAAGUUGACCUCGGCAUGUGGUGGUGUUUCGGCCGGAGUCGGCCGGCUUGGCGGAAGUUCGCCGCUUCUUUUCCUUUGGGCUCUGCUGCCCGUGAGGGAUGCCGCGGGCAAACUCCGCCGCGGCGCUCGCUCAGCAGCCAGCCGGACUUGCGCGAAUUGUUCGCGCGGCCGGCGCUUCAGCGCUUCCUGGACCAGCAUUGCCGGCCAGAAGACCACCCUGGCGGCUUCCGUUCGGCGUUGGCAGCGCGGAUUCGCCUCUUGCGUGACAAGGAAGAAGAGCUGCGCGAGACAGAGCGCUUGGCGCGAGAAGAUGAAAAUGAAGAUUUGCGGAAGCUUGCAGAAACGGAAGUUAUUUCCUGUCAGGAAGAGACAGAAGAAUUGAGACAUCAGAUAGUAUCACUCUUGAUUCCUUCAGAAGAAACUGACAAAAAUGAUCUUGUCAUAGAAGUGACUGCUGGAGUUGGAGGGCUGGAAGCAAUGUUGUUCACGGCUGAAAUGUUUGAUAUGUAUCAACAGUACGCAGCAUAUAAAAAUUGGACUUUUGAAAUUCUGGCAUAUACUUCCAGUACUAUAGGUGGUGUGAGACAUGCGUCAGCCAGUAUAAAAGGCCUUCAAGCCUAUGGACAAAUGAAGUUUGAAGGAGGAGUACAUCGUGUUCAGCGAGUGCCAAAGACGGAGAAGCAAGGCCGCAUUCAUACCAGCACAAUGACUGUAGCAAUACUACCACAACCAAGUGAGAUAACUCUGACAAUUAAUCCUAAAGACCUAUGUAUUGAGACUAAAAGAGCCAGCGGAGCUGGUGGCCAGCAUGUGAAUACUACUGAUAGCGCUGUGCGGAUAGUCCAUAUUCCCUCAGGUGUGGUAUCUGAAUGUCAACAAGAAAGAUCUCAAAUCAAAAAUAAAGAAAAAGCUAUGAAGCUCCUUCAUGCUAAACUAUAUAAUAUCAAACUUGAAGAACAAACAGCAAAGAUGCAUACUGCCAGAAAGAUUCAGAUUGGGACCAAAGGAAGAUCAGAGAAAAUCAGAACUUACAAUUUUUCCCAGGAUCGGGUUACUGACCAUAGAAUAGGCAAGUCAGUACAUCACAUCGAAAGAUUCAUGCUGGGGGAAGAACUGCUAGAUGAAAUGAUACAAUCACUAAGAAUGUACAGUGAAUAUGAGGUACUAAUGGAAGUUAUUUCAGAAAAUGAUGCAAUCAGACCAAAAUGAUCUUCAUCACAUUCUAGACCAUACAGCAGGUACGAAAGUGCUUUCCAAACUAGUUUGCUGCAUAUCUGUUUGCUUGCACCC